GCUCCGGGUGGAAGCGGAACGCAGCAACGCGGUGGGAGCGCCCUUCGGGCUACAAAAAUGGCCGCCACCUUGCUGGUGCUGGUGGCUUCGCCGUGGUCUGGAGUCCGGGGACUGCUCCGGAACUGUUGGGGACGUUUGCAGCAGAAACUUCAGCAGAGUCAGCCAGGUUUUCCCGGUCCUCCGUGGGGCCCAGCAUUAGCCAUCCAAGGUCCAGCUAUAUUUACAGAACCAACCAAUGAUAUCAAUGGAAGUGAGGAGAUUUCCAGUCUUUCAGAUAGAAUCUUUUGGAUGGCAGCUCCCAAAAACAGACGCAGCAUUGAAGUUAACAGGUGUAGGAGAAGAAACCCACAGAAACUUAUUAAAGUUAAGAACAAUAUAGAUGUUUGUCCUGAAUGCGGCCACCUGAAACAGAAACAUGUCCUUUGUGGCUACUGCUAUGAAAAAGUGCGCAUGGAGACUGCAGAAAUCAGAAGACAGAUAGGGAAACAAGAAGGAGGCCCUUUUAAGGCUCCUACUGUAGAGACUAUGGUGUUGUAUACAGGAGAGACACCGACUGAACAAGAUCAAGGCAAGAGAAUCAUUGAACGAAACAGGAAGCGGCCAUCCUGGUUCACCCAGAACUGAGAGCAAAGAUGUGUGAAGAGGGUUUCUCAUAAAACAUUUCUUCUGAAAGAAGAAUGUUCCUUAUCUUUAUCUUCUCAUGCUUGUUUUUAAAUCAUCAAUAGUUCAAAACAUCUUUAAAGCAGCUAGUUUUGUAUGGGUAAUUUUAAGAAUAUAUCAUUGGUAAGCUCUGUCCAUUAUUAUGACAUUAUAAUGUGUUAAGUAAACAAUUUCCACUACAAAAUAAUAAAAACAAUUUAAAAUUCAUAGCAGGAAUUGUAUGUUUUUGCCUCAGGUUUUGUUUGCUUGCCUUUGGUUUUUCUUACAUAAAUACUUGCACAAAUACUUUUUUGUUUAAGUAGUACAAGGACAUAGGUUGUUACUUGAGUUCUUGUAUUUCUUAAACUAGUAGCUAUGGCAGUAAGAAAAUGUUCUGGUGUUUUUCUUGUAAGCAAAUUAAAAUUGCCCUUGGUGAAUUCAUUUUAUGUGGGACAUAUGAUGUUAAUUUACUUAGAUGAUAGAAGUAUUUCUUGACAUUUUACAUGAAAUCAAAAUGAUAUUCAGAAAUCAUUGAUGGUUCAAGAACUGUAUUUUAUAAUUUGGGGAGAAAUUUUUUUUUAGUAAAGAUGUGAGUGAAUUCAAUAGUACACAGGAAACUUGCUAAAGAUAUGCCUUUUCUUUUAGUCCUUUUA